CACACACUGAAACACAAACACGCACAUGCACACACCCACCCACACACACACACCUAUAGACACAAUACACACGUGCGCUGGAGUCUGGGCUUUGCUCAAGGAGCGCUAUCUGCUGCUGUCCUCUCGCUUUGGGUGAAUUGGUGUCAGUUCUCACUUUUGCUCUUGCUCUGAUUCCUGGAAUGCUAAAUCUGGACUGAUGGACAUUUCAGAACUUUGUAUUUCAGACUCAAUCAGCUAUCACAACCAGCUGCUUAAUAGAAUGGCUGCUGAUGACAGACACCUGACAUCGAGCUGCGGAUCCUACAUCAAGACAGAACCUUCCAGUCCAUCAUCAGUUAUUGACACUGUGAGUCAUCACAGCCCCAGCGCCAGCUCUGAUGCCAGUGGCGGGUAUGGCAUUACCAUGAAUGGGCACUCCAAUGGCCUAGACUCACCGCCUAUGUUCACUGCUGCCAGCCUGGGCGGUGGAGCAUGCCGUAAACGUUAUGAUGACUGCUCAAGCUCCAUUAUGGAGGACUCUCCCACCAAGUGCGAGUACAUGUUGAAUUCCAUUCCCAAAAGACUCUGCCUCGUCUGUGGAGAUAUUGCUUCUGGCUAUCAUUAUGGUGUGGCCUCUUGUGAGGCUUGCAAAGCCUUUUUUAAAAGGACAAUACAAGGAAAUAUUGAAUAUAGCUGUCCAGCCACAAAUGAGUGUGAGAUAACAAAACGUAGACGCAAAUCCUGCCAGGCCUGCCGUUUCAUGAAGUGUCUCAAGGUUGGAAUGCUUAAAGAAGGUGUUCGCCUAGAUCGUGUUCGAGGAGGCAGACAAAAAUACAAGAGGAGAAUGGAUACAGAAAACAGUGCUUACCUGGGACUAACACUGCCACCCCCAGCAAAAAAACCACUGACUAAGAUUAUCUCUCAUCUAUUGGUGGCUGAACCAGAAAAAAUCUACGCAAUGCCUGACCCCACAGUACCAGAGAGCGAUAUAAAGGCAUUAACCACCCUGUGUGAUUUGGCAGACAGAGAGCUGGUAGUUAUCAUUGGAUGGGCCAAACAUAUCCCGGGUUUUUCAAACCUCUCACUGGGUGACCAGAUGAGCUUGCUGCAGAGUGCCUGGAUGGAAAUUUUGAUUUUGGGUAUUGUGUUUCGCUCUUUGCCCUAUGAAGAUGAGCUGGUCUAUGCUGAGGACUAUAUCAUGGAUGAGGAACACUCCCGUCUCACAGGUCUUCUAGACCUAUAUGUCUCCAUCCUGCAGUUAGUCCGCAGAUAUAAAAAACUGAAGGUGGAGAAGGAAGAAUUUGUCACUCUCAAAGCAAUAGCUCUUGCCAAUUCUGAUUCCAUGCACAUAGAAGACUUGGAAGCUGUUCAGAAACUGCAAGAUGCACUCCAUGAGGCUCUGCAAGACUAUGAGGCUAGCCAACAUCAAGAUGACCCUCGACGGGCUGGCAAACUUCUAAUGACCCUCCCUCUGCUUCGCCAGACAGCUACCAAAGCUGUGCAGCACUUUUACAGCAUUAAACUCCAGGGCAAAGUGCCUAUGCACAAACUCUUCCUGGAAAUGUUAGAAGCAAAAGUCUGAUGGGUGAAAUCUUAUCCUGGAAAUAGAGGGUUUAAACAGAGACAAUGAACUUUGAAUAUAAGAGACUUCUGCAGAUUCCUGGGGGAAAAAAUGAAGAAAAAUUCAUUGGGGGGAAAGUAUGAUGCAGAUUAAUUUAAAGAUAUAUAUAUAAUAUUAUGUACAGUGGCAAACUUUUUCCUUCUCAAGGUCUGUGGUCAUGAAAGGAAUAAAGCAGCAUAGGCUGUAUUCACAAUGGAACCACCUCUCCUCUUCCACAAAGAGGCUACUUCCUCGUGACUCACUUGAUGGAUUACUCAGAAAAGACAAAUACUGUAAGUGCCCUCAGGUAUAGCUGGGGCGAAUUGUUCCAUGAGCAUAUUACAAAACUUACUACUGAAAUGCCUGCAGACCUGGAUUAAUAUGUAACAUUAACCCAUGGUUUGAUGAGCUGAUUUAUUGAGCAAAUGUUGUUUAAUUGGACACUCUGACCUGUAUGGCUGCCUUCAAUAAGCAGGGUGUGUCUUUCCACCAUUUAGUCUAUAGUAGUUGUCUGUCUUCCACAUGUGCAGUUGACUGGCACUAAAACCAUGAUGCAACUACAAUAAACAUGCUUAGAAAUUCAGAAUCUUCCCAAA